AUGGGAAACGUCACUGUGUUCACAACUACCAACGAUAUCCCCGAUCUUGCAACAAUCAAGCAAUGCUACCUUGCUAAACAUCCGGACGCGAAAUGGUGGUUACCCGAUGACGAUGAUGCUGCCCAUUUGGCAUAUUGGGCGAGGUUCGACCCUCACGCGGUCUACUUCGUCGGUGGUUUUGGAGGACUUCACUACAUUGGUUACAUUCCGCUGGACAUUUACCAGGCGGCAGAGCCCAUGACUCACAUCUUCACCGACGAUCAAGUGAUACUUUCCGAACGCAUUUAA